AUGGGAAGGCCAAAGUCUAAGGCAUCAACAUUUUCCCAGGCCUCGCUCCAGCACAACACACAAGCGAUCCAUGACAUAACAGCAGACAGAACACGAGAGACGAUGUUGUACAGGAGGCGUCAAAAACGGAUGUCGCCCGGAGCGUCCCGUCUUUACGAACUCCAGCCAGAUCCUUAUGAUGCCACUCAGCGGCGAGCUAUACGAAUAUGUCUGUUCGUUGAUGUCAAGAAUGCUCAUGAGCUCAGAAGUAAGCUCAGAAAUGGUGAAAUCGAUGCGGCACUAAUUCGGGCAGAGUUGGUACUCGAGCCAUUUAUAGUUCUUGCCGCUGCGAAUAGAGCUGUACAUCAGGCUGCUCAUAAUCGUCUUUCCACUCGAAGUAUAGCGGCUGAACUCGUGUACAGCUUGUCACCAAGUAGAAAUAUCUCAGACUCUCUUGUCACAUUCGGAAUCGCGGACACAAGCAAGAAUAUCCUCGUAUGCAUUUUCGAUGACAAAGACGGAUCGAGAAUGAAAAAAUUGGCAAAAGAGAUUGACGGCCGACCGGAAACGUUAGAUAAACUCUCAGGCAUCAUGGACUUACGUCUUAUCCAGAAGAUCUAUCAACUGAGAGAACCUAAAUUCAACGAGGAUUCAAUUUCUGAUCGAGUUCUGUCACGUAUCAUCACUAAAGAUUUCAUGUCGUGA